CCCCUCGUGUAUCACAGCAAUUGUAACAUAUCCAAGUUCCUCGUUUUGUGUCCUAUUCAUCCCCAAAACAAACAACAACAUAGAUUUUGUUCUUCUUCACUUCAAAAAUGAGUUCUCUUCACCAUCAACAUGAUCAUGUUCGUGAUUAUGAAGCAUGUUUGAUAGAGAAUGUAGAGAAUAUAAAGGCAACAACAUUGAGCAAGGAAAGUAUGAAACAUGGUAGAACAGCACAUAACAUAUCAUCAUCUUCAUUGCGUAGGAAAUCCAAUGUCACUCUUGUCUCUAAUCCUCGUUAUGGAAAUGUUUUGGCUAAUUUUCAAGAGGUUAUUCUUGGAACAAAGCUUUCUAUUCUGUUUGUAGCGAUUCCUUUUGCCAUUUUUGCUCAAUGCUAUGGAUUUUCAAAACCUUUGGUUUUUGCUUUGAGCUUACUUGGCCUUAUCCCUCUUGCAGAAAGAGUCAGCUUCUUGACAGAAGAGAUAGCUUAUUACACAGGUCCUACAGUGGGAGGACUUUUGAAUGCAACUUGUGGGAAUGCUACAGAGCUCAUCAUUGCAAUAUUUGCACUUAGCAAUAACAAAAUUGAUGUGGUCAAGUAUUCUCUCCUUGGUUCCAUCCUCUCCAACCUUCUUCUUGUUCUUGGAACCUCUCUAUUAUGUGGCGGCAUUGCAAAUAUUCGAGCCGAGCAAAAAUUCGACAGAAGACAGGCAGAUAUGAACUUGCUUAUGCUUCUUCUGGCAUUGUUGUGUCACUUACUGCCCUUAUUGUUCCAAUAUGGUGGGGCUUCGGUUGCUAUCGAUGCAGAUUCAUCUCUGCAGUUCUCAAGAUUUGCGAGCAUUUUGAUGGUGAUUGCAUAUUUGGUAUAUCUUAUCUUCCAACUAUGGACGCAUCGGCAAUUAUUUGAAGCUCGAGAUGAAGAGGAUGAAGAGAAUGAAAAUGCUUCAAAAGCAGUUAUUGGAUUUUGGAGUGGAUUUGCUUGGCUUGUUUUUAUGACGGUGUUUAUUGCGAUUUUGUCCGAAUAUGUGGUUGACACUAUUGAGGAUGCAUCGGAUUCAUGGGGUCUAUCUAUCAGCUUCCUCUCCAUAAUCUUGCUACCAAUAGUUGGCAAUGCAGCUGAACACGCAGGAGCUAUCAUAUUUGCUUUCAAGAAUAAGCUGGACAUCUCUUUGGGUGUUGCUUUGGGUUCUGCAACUCAAAUUGGAAUGUUUGUGGUUCCCUUGUGUGUAAUUGUUGCUUGGAUUCUUGGCAUCAAAAUGGACCUUAACUUCAACCUUCUAGAAACAGGUUCUCUUGCUUUGGCAAUUAUAACAACAGGUUUCACAUUACAGGAUGGAACUUCUCACUACUUGAAAGGCCUUAUUCUCUUGCUCUUGUAUAUUGUUAUCGGGGCAUGCUUUUUCGUACAAAGAACACCCUCUGGCUUUGGAGCAUUUUCGUCUUUUGGAGGUGAAGAGUAGUUGCAGCAACCAAACUUAUGAAACAAAAUUUAUUGGAUUUGUUGUUUUGUUCCUCAUAUAUCCUAGAAAGAUAGCUAGUUGUUUGUGUACAUAAUAUAUACCUUUCAAAGGAUUGAGUCAAAAAAUUCCAACACAUACAUAUAAUAUAUAUGCAACAAUUGUGAAGUAGUUAUCAAAAAA